ACGAGUGUCAUCAGAUGAUGCGGAAUUUUUAGCGAUACAGGUGCAUCUUCACUGCUUUAUCGUUUGACUGUAAUACAAGGCGUACUUUUAUAGGAUUGCACAGCAAGAACUAGGCAUGAGCACAGAGUCUCACUCUCCAGAAGAGUGAGUGUGAAUGGAGUGACACGAGUGGACGAGUCAUGGACAGCCAAUGCAGCAGCAAUGUGGGUUCACGGGCAACUUUAGGGGGUGUGGGCAACAUUAACCCAACACCCAUUUCGUCCCGUAUCGAGUCCUAUGAAGGAGGAGAGAAGAAGUGCAUCUCUGAUGUCCGAAGAACCUUUUGCUUGUUUGUGACCUUUGACCUUUUGUUCGUCACCUUGCUGUGGAUCAUUGAGCUCAAUGUUAAUGGAGGCAUAGAAGUGCAGCUGAAAAAAGAGGUGCUGGACUAUGAUUACCGUAAAUCUUUUUUUGACAUAUUUGUCUUGGCUGUGUUCCGCUUUGCAGCCCUGAUUCUGGCGUAUGCGGUGUGUAAGCUGCGCCAUUGGUGGGCCAUUGCUAUAACUACAGCAAUCACCACUGGUUUCUUAAUAGUGAAAGUGGUUUUAUCAAAGCUUCUGUCACAGGGAGCGUUUGGGUAUUUGUUACCCAUAGUCUCCUUCAUUCUGGCAUGGAUAGAGACGUGGCUGCUGGACUUCAAAGUCCUGCCCCAGGAGGCCAGUGAUGAAAUCAGGUAUCUUUCAGUGCAGAAUGCGCCAGAUCGAGAGCCUCUUUUACACCAAGGACCCGUCCCAGACAGCCAGUUCUACUCUCCUCCUGAGUCCAUGGCAGACUCUGAUGAAGACUUUGAUGAUAAAUAUGAUCUUGAGAAGCCCAUCGUCUAGCAGGAGCUCCGAAUAAACACUGAUAUUCAUAGUUCAACUUCCUCGACCUCGGGCCGUGUGUCUUACUAUGGGUUUUUGUACAUUGGUGACCAGAACUAGACAGUCACUCUGCCUUAAACCAACGCCAUGAACAGUAGUUUGUUUGUUUAUUUGUCUCUUUAUGCCCACUUAGUGCAAUCAAAUAUUAUUUUUAAUUUUUUUUGUGUGUGUGUGUGUGUGUGUGUGUGACUUAAUUUUUAUGCAGAGUUUAUGCAGUACUUGAAUUGAAAAAAUGAAGGAUUUUAAUGUGUAUUUUGAACUUCAGUGUAACUAAACGACUGCUAUCUCACGUUUACGCUCUUAUAUAUGUGUAUUAAUAUUUCCAUUCUUCUGAUCUCACAUACAUCACCGAAGUUGACCUAAAUGUGAAAAGCAGUAUAGUCUCUGGUCUGCACUGACACUCAUCAUUGUAAAGAUUUUCACUGUCUGUUUGCUUUUUAAAAAAAAUGCUUUUUCUACCAGUCUGUGAGUUUUUGGAAUGAACAGAGAGAUGAUAGAGGCUUGAUUUACUUGCAAAAUAAAUUUUUGCGUGAAAUGCAUUUGAAUGAAGAAAUAUAUUACUUGUAAUGAUGCAUGGAAAUGUAAUACGUUUUAAUGUUUGUUUUGGCUCCUCUUCAGUAAGCAUUCUUAAAACAUCUUAAGUAAAAUAAAUCUACUCCCUGUUGAGUUUGCUUUUGCCAUGCUUACUGAAUAAGGGCUUAUGUACCUGGUGCAGGUCUGGGACCUCCGGUUUUCAUUAAUUUAUUUUAAGAAUCUCUACAAUAUGCACCUAUCACAAAGCCUCAGAUAUGCAGGAUGAUGGCAGAUUGUAUUCUUCUUUUGUUGUGCAUUAAAACAAUUACUUUUUUUAUUAAA